ACACAUUAACCUGUGUGGAAAACAUAAAACCACUUGAUUCGACAUUAUUCUCUCCCUUAUUCAUCUGCAUUUUUGACAUAUUUCGUCAGUUCGGUGGUUAUUGACGCAGCAGCACCCAGGAGGUGUGUUACGCGGAACAGACACGUACAUCACGGGCUCUGCGUCUGUACCGUCAGUGCCCCUCCCUCUCCGGCUCCCAGCAUCCCUGUCAGCCCGGGUGAUGCUGUCAUAAACCGGAGAAUAAAUCCCGUUUAACGAUCGUGAAGGGGGCCGUAGUAUUUUGGGAAUGGUUUUAAUGGUUGGCUGCGUUAAAUUGUGAGUACUAUUUAAUGUAUUAUCGGAUUAAACCUCAUUCAGAGGCCUAAUACAACACGGUUGGUGCUAUUUUCAUUUGCGCAUCGUGCACUGUGAAUCCGCGCUCGGCGUGAAUAAUACAUUUCUGUUUCACUUGGAGGUUUUUUUGAGGUUUUCCAAGGGCAUCAGUGAGCGGCACAGUGCGGCAGGGAUGUGCACUUCUCACGGAUAGACGGAGCAUGAGGAAAGGAGCCGUUUUACUGCUGUAGUCUUUGAUUUGGUCAGAUUUAUCGUCACAUCCAGGCUCUCUACUCUGGCUCCUCUCUCGGUUCAGCGCCUGGCUUUAGGACGAGACGUCAUGAGUUGAUCUGACAGAUGUUGCUGUGUUUCACAGGCUGAAUUCUCCGCGUGCUUUCGCUUUUUUUGGGGGCAUGAUUGUGUAAAACGGGGCGUGCGAUUAAUGUUAAAAUCCUCGCGUCGUGCUCGCAGCAUUCAUUUAAUUUUCGGGAUUGCAUAAAAUGAUACCUGGAUCUGCCGCAUCAAUGCUACCGUCUGCAGAAGCUGCGAAACUGUACCAGACCAACUACGUCCGCAACUCCAGUGUCAUCGGACUCCUAUGGGCCAUCUUCACCAUCCUGUUUGGCAUCGUUAACGUGAUCAUCUUCUCUCAGCCAUACUGGGUUGGAGAUGGCGUGGAUACGCCGCAGGCCGGCUACUUCGGCCUAUUUCACUUUUGCGUCGGUGACGGUAUCUCCAGAGACGUGGUCUGCCAGGGUAGCUUCACCGAGUUCGCUGCUAUCCCCUCCACCGCGUUCAAGGCCGCUUCCUUUUUCAUCGGUAUGUCCAUGAUGCUGAUAGUCACCUGCAUCGCGUGCUUCAGCCUCUUCUUCCUCCUCGGAACCUCCACCGUGUACAAGAUCUGCGGUUGGAUGCAGGCAUUAUCAGGUGUCUGUCUGGUGCUGGGCUGUAUGAUCUAUCCUGAUGGUUGGGACAGUGAUGAGGUACGGAAGAUGUGCGGGGAGCAGACAGACAAAUACAGCCUGGGAGCCUGCUCAGUGCGUUGGGCCUACAUCUUGGCUAUCAUGGGCAUCCUGGACGCUCUCAUCCUCUCCUUCCUGGCCUUCGUCCUCGGGAACCGGCAGGACGGACUCAUGUCAGAAGAGCUGCUGGCUGAGAGCAAGGUACCCGUCAACCCUCAACAUCAGCUUAGAGGAGAGAGGCCAUCCAGUUCUGUGGAGGAGAGGAGUACUGUGGAACCAGCCAGCCUGCCUUUCACAUCUACCUGCCAAAAACCCAGUGUACCCUACCCUCAAAGUCCAUCCAUUUUGCUUGCCGUCCCUGAAUCGUCCCCAGCACUUAGAUGGAGCCCGAUGCACUUCUACCCCAAUGUGUCUACAGACCUCACCCUUGCACAACAUUGCAUAGACCAUGGCAGGGGCAGAGACUGUUAUUCUACCGAGAAGUAUACAGACUUCCCAUUACCUACCUGAGAAGGCACAGGGUUGACAUUGUACACCUGCAGUACGAGCACAGACACACACAGACAAACACAAACACAAAACACACGCCACCGCACUCAUAUGCACAAACACAGCUCAACGCACAUACAGUCCAUUUGAAGAAAACGUCGAGAAACUCUGUAAUUACAAGUAUUAAACUAUGUUAACACUUAGCCGUGUGAACCACCGUCAAAAUGUGUGUCAUGUUUUAUUUGUGGAAAAAAAAAAGAAA